AUGGGGGUGAUUGGUAGAAGUAAAGGAGUGCAAAAUGAAGUAGCGGGUAGUGAGGUUGAAGAGGAACCUAUAAGUCGGCCAAAGAGAAGAGAGAUGUUGAAAAGCGAGAGAAAUAAUGAUGAAGAUAGUGAGAAUAAAGAGGAACUUAUAGGACAAUCAAGGAGAGGUAGAAGUAAAGGAAUGCAAAAUGAAGUAGCGGGUAGUGAGGUUGAAGCGGAACCUAUAAGUCGGCCAAAGAGAAGAGAGCCGUUGGAAAGUGAGAAGCUGACGGAGAUGAAGAAACUCGUGGAGGAGAACCAGGUCGUGAGGCAGGAGCAGCGGGAGCAGCGGUGGGCCGACAGGGAGAAGGAGCGCGAGAAGGAGAGAGAGGAACGGGAGGAGCGCGAACGUAAGAGAACUCCGAGUCCGCAGCCGUCCAAGUCACGCAGCCGAUCGCCGUCAGCGGAACACCGGCGCCACAAGACGAGGUCACGUUCGUGUAGUCGCAGGACGCGAUCGAGGUCACGCGAUCGUCGCCGUCGCUCAAGGUUGAGGUCGCACGAGAACCGUCGAAGGUCAAGGUCGCACGAGCGCCGCCGAAGGUCAAGGUCGCGAUCGCGCCACCGGAGUUCGAGGUCGCCCCGCCGCCGAAGGUCAAGGUCGCGGGGUCGCCGCCGCGACGUGCAGAUGAGGAGUCGGAGGUCAAGGUCGCGUCGCCGACGCUCAAGGUCGCGGUUGCCACGUCGGAGGUCACGUUCGAGGUCGCGCCGCCGGAGGUCGAGGUCGCGGGAUCGCUACAGGUCAAGGUCGCGGGACAGGCGACGCCGGGAGAGGUCGCGCAGCCUGCGGAGGAACCAGUCCCGGUCUGUCGACAGGAGGAGGAGAAUGUCGCGAGACAGAUCGCGAGACAGGCACCGAUCCCGAGACAGGAAUAGAUCGCGAGACAGAUCGCGAGACAGGAAUCGAUCGCGAGACAGAUCGCGAGACAGUGAUCGAUCCAAGGAACGCGAGAGGUCGCCGGAGAAGGGAGAGGCCGGGAGCAGCAGCUCGAGGGAGGGGUCUCCGAAGAAAGAGAAAGCCAGGGAUAGCCCCGGGGAGGGUUUGAAAGAACGGGAGACGUCCCACUUGGCUGAGAACGGAGGGGAUACCUUCAAGGAGAAAUCUGAGGAGCAAGAAACCAAGGAAAAGUUGAACGAGCGAGGCGAAGGAAUUUCGCCAACGAAGGAACAGAGAGUUAAUGGCGAGACAAUCAAUUCAGCAGAAGGAGAGAAAGAAGGGUUGCUCUAGCAGUGGCGAGUCGACAGAGAGGGCUCUAGUCUCUUAGUAGCAUCUAAAGAAAAAAAAGGCCCGGAUAAAAAUGUAAUUUCUGAAAUUACCAUGACGAAAAAGCGAUCGGAAAUGUGAAAGGUGU